AGAAGAUAAGAAAGAAACUCCCAAAAACCAUAUCUCAGGAACAAGAAUAGAUAAAAAUCUUUCUGUCUCUAAAUUAUAGUUUUGCCUUUUUUCUUUCUUUACUUCAAUCUGCCACAGUUCACCUUUUAAUCUCCGUCUUCUUGUUCUGAGAAUCAUAAUCUCGAGUGGUCAGAUUCAUUAUUCCAUCUUCAAGAUUCAAGCUUUUCUGUUUUAACUUCCAAGAAUUUUGAAUCAAAACCCAGAUGCAAAAGAUGGGUAGAGAAGAUAAUAGCCAUCACCAGCACCAUCAUUCUGAUUCGGAGCUGAUAGAAGGUGAUCAAAGGGUACCUUAUAGUGGUCCUCUAAGUGGACCUCUAAACAAGAGGACGACAAGAAAGAGUGCCAGGUUCAACAUUCCUGACUCUACUUCAUCCCAAGAUGAACAAUACUUGGAAGUAACCCUUGAUGUUCGAGAUGAUUCUGUUGCUGUACACAGUGUCAAAACAGCAAAUGGUGCUGAAGAAGAUCCAGAAUUAACACUGCUUGCUAAAGGACUAGAAAAGAAAUCUAACUCUAACAUUGUCAGGAACGCCUCUAAUAGGUUUAGACAGGUUUCUCAGGAAAUUAAGCGGUUAGCUUCGUUUUCGAAAAGACCUCCUCCUGGUCGUCUUGACAGGACUAAAUCUGCAGCUGCUCAUGCUUUGAAAGGACUCAAGUUUAUUAGCAAGACCGAUGGAGGAGCUGGAUGGGCUGCUGUGGAGAAACGAUUCGAUGACAUUACUGCUUCUACUGAUGGAUUGCUUCCUCGUUCAAGAUUCUGCGAAUGCAUAGGUAUGAAGGAGUCAAAAGAUUUUGCAGGGGAGCUGUUUAAUGCACUUGCUAGGAAGAGGCACAUAGAAAGGGAUUCAAUCGGUAAAGACGAGCUCAAGGAAUUCUGGGAACAGAUUUCUAACCAGGGCUUUGAUUCCAGGCUUCAGACUUUCUUUGACAUGGUUGAUAAAGAUGCAGAUGGAAGAAUUACAGAAGAGGAAGUAAAGGAGAUUAUUACCCUUAGUGCUUCUGCGAAUAAACUAUCAAAUAUUCAAAAACAAGCAGAGGAAUAUGCAGCCUUGAUCAUGGAAGAGCUGGAUCCAGAGAAUCAUGGAUAUAUCAUGAUAGAGAACUUGGAAAUGCUUCUAUUGCAAGGACCAAACCAAUCUGUAAGAGUAGGAGAGAGCAAAAACCUGAGCCAAAUGCUUAGUCAAAAGCUUAAGCCUAGUUUGGAUGACAACCCAAUAAGGAGAUGGGGUAGAAGCACCAAAUACUUCCUUUUUGAUAACUGGAAGAGAGUGUGGGUGAUAGCUCUGUGGAUUGGUGUUAUGGCUGGCCUGUUUGCCUACAAAUAUGUGCAAUAUAAACGGAGAGCUGCAUAUGAAGUAAUGGGCGCAUGCGUGUGUAUUGCAAAGGGAGGUGCUGAGACACUCAAAUUGAAUAUGGCUUUAAUUUUACUACCAGUCUGCAGAAACACCCUCACUUGGCUUAGGAAUAAGACCAAGUUAGGUGUUGUGGUUCCUUUUGAUGACAAUCUUAAUUUCCACAAGGUGAUAGCAGUGGGAAUUACAAUUGGAGUUGGUCUGCAUGCAAUUUCUCAUUUGGCUUGUGACUUCCCUCGCCUUCUUAGUGCAAGUGAAGAGAAGUGGGAACUUAUGGAGCCAUUCUUUGGGGAUCAACCUUCAAGUUACUGGCAUUUUGUUAAGUCAGUGGAAGGAGUGACUGGGAUCAUAAUGGUGGUGUUAAUGGCAAUAGCCUUUACACUGGCUGCCCCUUGGUUUAGGCGUAACAAGCUGAAUUUGCCUUCCUUUCUUAAGAAGCUCACUGGUUUCAAUGCCUUUUGGUACUCUCAUCAUCUCUUCAUCAUUGUCUACACUCUGCUCAUUGUUCAUGGUCAAUACCUGUACCUGACUCAUGAUUGGUACAAGAAAACGACAUGGAUGUAUUUGGCUGUUCCCAUUAUCAUUUAUGCUAGUGAAAGAUUGACAAGGGCACUAAGGUCCAGUAUCAAGCCUGUUACCAUUAAGAAGGUGGCUAUUUAUCCUGGAAAUGUUCUGGCACUUCACAUGUCAAAGCCUCAAGGAUUCAGAUAUAAGAGUGGACAAUACAUGUUUGUCAAUUGUGCUGCUGUGUCUCCAUUUGAGUGGCACCCAUUUUCCAUCACUUCAGCUCCUGGAGAUGACUAUCUAAGCGUUCACAUCAGAACUUUGGGCGAUUGGACAAGGCAACUUAAAACAGUAUUCUCACAGGUGUGUCAACCACCAGAUACGGGGAAAAGUGGACUUCUCAGAGCGGAUGGCUUUCAAGGAAAUAAUUGCCCAAGUUUUCCAAGAGUACUGAUUGAUGGUCCAUAUGGAGCACCAGCACAAGACUACAAGAAAUAUGAGGUGGUUCUGCUUGUGGGUUUAGGAAUUGGAGCAACCCCCAUGAUCAGUAUAGUUAAGGACAUAGUUAACAAUAUCAGAGCCAGGGAAGAUGAAGAAGAAGAGAAUGCAUUAGAAAACGGUACAUUGCCAAAAACACCUAGUCCUGAUGCACAAAAAAGAAGAGAGAACUUUAAAACAAGAAGGGCGUACUUCUAUUGGGUGACAAGGGAGCAAGGAUCUUUUGACUGGUUUAAAGGGGUGAUGAAUGAGGUAGCUGAACUGGACCAUAACCAUGUAAUAGAGCUACACAACUACUGCACUAGUGUAUAUGAAGAAGGGGAUGCAAGGUCUGCUCUAAUUACCAUGCUUCAGUCUCUGCAUCAUGCCAAGAAUGGUGUUGACAUUGUCUCAGGCACUCGUGUUAAGUCUCACUUUGCUAAGCCCAACUGGAGAAGUGUCUACAAGCGCACCGCCCUAAAUCACCCUAAUUCUCGAGUUGGGGUGUUUUACUGUGGGGCACCAGCGCUAACGAAAGAGCUACGCCAUCUAGCUUCGGAUUUCUCGCAUAAGACAAACACCAAAUUUGAUUUUCAUAAAGAGAACUUCUAAAACUUUCAAUCGGUGAUUAAGGAAGACAGAAGAAAGAAAGAAAGAGAGGUCUUGAAUUGAGUUCCAUCAACAUCCCACUCGUUACUGAAUAUUCUUUAUUGGCCCCCUUUUGUUGACAUUUCUAUUAGCCUCCUUUCAAUAAUGGCAUAGUCUUAUUGAUAAAUUAAUCAGCGAGCAGAAGAUAGUGCGUUGGUUGAUUGCAGGGGCAACCCACUUAAGACAGCAAAUGUUAGUGCUCGUCUCUGUCAAUCAGGACAUAUCUACAAUAGGAUUUGUAAAGCAUUUCCUUUUGUUCAUUUUUCUUUAUUUUUUUUUCUCUGCUAAGAAAUAUCUUGUAUGAUAGAAUAGUGAAUGUCUUUCAGUUCUUUUGAUUGAUUGAAAUUGGACGGAUAAAAUAUAAGUAUUGAGUAUUAAUUAAGUGUAUGUAUAAACUACAAGUCUUUUUCUAAAUCUAAUUAUGUAGUGAAUCAUCAGCUAA